AUGGGAAGAUUCGGUGAUAUCGCGGAGAGUGAUGAUGAUGAUCAUCAAGACGAACCCAUCCCCCCUGAUUUAUCAGGAGAACACUACCAACACAGAAGAGAUGCCAUGAGAGUCCUAGAAGCCAAUCAGUUUGUAUGCAUCGACAAGCUUGGGUCUGGCGCCUUUGGCGAUGUCUACAAAAUGAUUGACUACUCAGGCCGAGAAGUUGCCGUUAAAAUGGUCGCCUUAGGAGUAGCCAAACCAAAUGAAACUGAAAUUUGGCCAAAAUUAUCUCACCCAAAUAUUAUCCCCCUCCUCGAAUACGGCUACUUCAAUGACCAAGAUGUAGCAAUUUUUGUGAUGCCCGUGCUAAGGGACACUUUGCUACAUGCAGUCCAGGACAGGACAUUCUUGAGUCAAUCAAGUGCCCUAGACUGCAUAAAAUCAUGGCUUCAUGGCAUUCUCUGUGGUUUGGCAUAUCUGCACUCAAAUGAGGUUUGUCACUUAGAUGUGAAAGCAGAUAACGUCUUGAUAUCGCAUGAUAACAAAGCUGUUAUCUGCGACUUUUCAUUUCUUGCAUCAACAACGAAGGCAAUACCAAGGUCUGAACUUGGAUUGCCACCCUUAUAUAGACCUCCCGAAUCUUGCCUAUCCUUUGGUAGUGAAGCAGAGAUUGAGGGUAGAGCAUAUGAUAUGUGGGCGUAUGGCAUGAUGGUUCUGGAGCUAUUUACCAACCAAGCUCUUCUUGGAACAUCAGUCAACGCGGGAAAUUGGGAAAUGGAUGUUUAUCCAGCCCUGUUUAACAUCCUUCAGGGAGAAUUUUUCAAGAGUUCCAUUCGUGGAAUGUUCUCCGAGACGGGCAUAUCAGAAGGGCAAGUGAAACUUGCUUUGAAUUUCAUCCACACUUUUCUGAUGCCCGAUCGGAGAGAGAGGUGGAACGCUACAAAGGCAGCUGACCACUGCUUUUUUGAGAGUGGUAGCCGAAUUGGAGCAGGGCCACAUCUAAAGUGGAUAAGUUUUGGUAACCCUAACAUAGAAGAGCCCCGAAUGGUUAGCGUGAACAGAAAUCGGGGAGUGAAACGUGAAGCUGAUGAGAGUGUUGAGCCACUUAAUGCUAAGAGAGCUAACACUGAAUGCGAGAAGUGCGUAAUAAAGGUAUCAGGGAGAAAAAUCGAGGAGUUAAAAGAGAAAGUCGAAGAGUGGGAACAUAAAAAUGUAUCAUUGGAACGGAAGGUUCGGAAAAUGAAGAUGCAUUUGAAAAUCGACGAAUUUGCAGAGAGGAAAACAUCUGUUCCUAUAAAGAUCAUGAUUUCUAACUGUACCCAAACUACUAGCAGUCCGAAAUCAAUAGCCGUGGAUGAUGAUUCGCCUGUGCACAUCUCCACGAGUAAUAACAACACGAUUCGAGACGAUACUUUUAUGAGUUGGUCAGUGAAAAUGGAAGGAGUGUUCAAGCAGCUGAAUAUAAUAUUUUGUGCUAAAGAGAUGGAAACCUUUAAAGAAAACAUGGCGCGUCUCGAUAGAUCAUUGGCCCAAAAGAUAUCCUUAGAAAAACAUCGUUAG